CCGGGGCGGGUCUGCGGGGCCCGGAAGUCGUUAGGGAACUCGGCCGAGAAGUCGGCUUUUAAAUCGUUUGCUGUCGUUUUUCCUCACUCGCUGGUCCUGGCACUGCUACCGCUCCCGCCGCCAUGGGGAAACGGCAGCAUCAGAAGGACAAGAUGUACAUUACCUGUGCUGAAUACACUCACUUCUAUGGUGGCAAGAAACCAGAUAUCCCACAAGCAAAUUUUCGUCGCCUACCUUUUGAUCACUGCAGUCUCUCUCUGCAGCCCUUCGUCUACCCAGUCUGCACCCCCGAAGGAGUCGUCUUUGACUUGCUUAACAUCGUCCCUUGGCUUAAGAAGUAUGGGACCAACCCCAGCAAUGGAGAGAAGCUGGAUGGGAGGUCCCUGAUCAAGCUGAACUUUGCAAAGAACAACGAAGGAAAGUACCACUGCCCAGUGCUAUUCACCGUGUUCACCAACAACACCCACAUCGUAGCUGUCAAGACCACGGGCAAUGUCUAUACCUAUGAGGCAGUGGAGCAACUAAAUAUCAAGGCCAAGAACUUCCGAGACCUGCUGACAGACGAGCCCUUCUCUCGGCAGGACAUCAUCACCCUCCAGGACCCCACCAAUUUGGACAAAUUCAAUGUCUCCAACUUCUUUCAUGUGAAGAAUAACAUAAAAAUAACAGAUCCUGAUGAAGAAAAGGCCAAACAGGACCCAUCUUAUUAUUUGAAAAAUACAAACACCGAGACCCGAGAGACGCUGCAGGAGCUCUACAAAGAGUUCAAAGGGGACGAGGUUCUGGCUGCCACCAUGAAAGUCCCAGAGAAGAAGAAAGUGGACAAGCUGAAUGCUGCGCACUAUUCCACUGGCAAGGUCAGCGCCUCCUUCACCUCCACUGCCAUGGUUCCAGAGACUACGCACGAAGCAGCUGCCAUCGAUGAGGAUGUGCUGCGCUACCAGUUUGUGAAGAAGAAGGGCUAUGUGCGGCUGCACACCAACAAGGGCGACCUCAACCUGGAGCUGCACUGCGACAUGACACCAAAAACCUGUGAAAACUUCAUCAAACUCUGCAAGAAGCAGUAUUACGAUGGCACCAUCUUCCACAGAUCCAUCAGGAACUUUGUGAUCCAGGGGGGAGACCCCACUGGCACAGGCACAGGUGGGGAGUCGUACUGGGGAAAGCCCUUCAAAGAUGAAUUCCGGCCCAACCUCUCGCACACGGGCCGGGGUAUCCUCAGCAUGGCCAACUCGGGGCCCAACACCAACAAGUCUCAAUUCUUUAUCACCUUCCGCUCCUGCGCAUACCUUGACAAGAAGCACACUAUCUUCGGGCGGGUUGUUGGGGGCUUUGACACACUGACAGCCAUGGAGAACGUGGAGAGUGACCCCAAAACUGACCGCCCUAAGGAGGAGAUCCGCAUUGACUCCACCACGGUGUUUGUGGACCCCUACGAGGAGGCUGACGCUCAGAUUGCUGAGGAGCGGAAGAAGACGCAGCUCGAGGAGGUGGCCCCAGAAAGCACAGUGAAAACAAGCCAGCCCAAGCCGGGGAGCCAGGGCCCCCAGACGUACCGCCAGGGGGUGGGCAAGUACAUCAACCCGGCAGCCACGAAACGUGUAGCAGAGGAAGAGCCCUCAACCAGUGCAGUUGUCCCUGUAGCCAAGAAAAAACCCAGCCGAGGUUUUGGGGACUUCAGCUCAUGGUAGCAGCAGGUCUGUCACUCUGGGUCCCCGUAGGGACUCAGGGCUGGGGACUUGUAUCCACAUCACAGAGUUUUCUGUCCUCCUGACUACAUCUCACUAGAGCUCUUGCUUGUUCCCCUUUCCUGGCCCCUGGGCCUUCCCAACCUUCACUUGGUACAGUGGCCUGGCCCUGUUUCCAGGCCUGAACCUACCUAGAACCCUCGACCUGGACCACCAGGCGUGGGCUGUGGCCCUUAGACCAGCCUGCAGCACGGGUCUGGGACAGGGAGGAAGGCUGUGUCCUGACUCUGGCCUUCCUCCCUUCCCCACCCCACUUCGGUCAUUUUGUCUGAGACUGUUUACUCAGUGUAUCACCUGGGACCUGGUUAGAAACAGAGUCUCAGACUUCGGAUCUUCUGAUCGGGAGACUCUGGGGGCAGGGUUCGGCAUCCAAACCUUGGGGGGCCCCUGCUGCCGGUGGCUUGAGGAUGCUAGACUAGAGCCUUGACAUCAGUUUCUAAAACCUCUUCUGCUGCCUUAUACCUGGGCUUACUGAGGCCCACCCAACAAGGACCAUGGGUGGUCACAGCUAUGUUCCCCCGAGGGCCACACCCAGGACUGCCCACCUCUCCGGCUCAGGACAGGACCAGGACCACACAUGGGAGAAGCCAGCCAGCGCCUGCUGUUACCAAUGGAUGUGCCAAAGGCCGCAGAGAGCUGGUGUGCCCCCUGGCCCCCUGCCUCCCCACAUGCUCACUUGACCCCCAGCCCUAGCACCAGAGCUUCUAGGCCAGCCUCACCAGCGUUUCCAGACUUAAAAAUCCCUUAACUCUAUUUUUCUAUAAAUGUCUUUUAAAAAACAUACUUGCUUGCCUGCCCACCCUUUUUUUUUCAUUCCAUAGCCUGUGCCAGCCUGGUUUCCAUGCUUCUGACCUUGACACGGCUACCUCGGCCUUCCCAAAGUGCCUCUGCAGAAGGGUGGGGACAGCUGCCGCCUCCCACUGUCUGUCUCCUUUGGCCCCAAGGCUGUCCACUCCUCACACCCACUCCUAAGGCCUAUGGUCUAAAGGUCAGCACAGGCCACCACUCUUUCUAGCUUGUCCUUGGUUCUUCCCCUCACCCAAACUUCAAAUUCCAGAACAUGCUGGGGGGCUCUUCUUUUUCCAUCUCUAAUGCUGAACCCCAGGUCUAAGCCCCUUAUCUCUCACCUGCAUCUGUUCAAGCCCCUUGUGCAUAUCCACACAGGUCAUAUCUGUGUCACCCGCCUAAAGCUCAUCAGCCUGUGGUCAUCCUGCUUCAGGCCUGCCACCAGCUUUCCUCUGUGCUGAGAACAAGGCUGAGCCCCACAGGCACCCUGUGCCUCUGCAAUCCCUUGCCUGUGACCAUAACUGGAACCAGGGACCUGGGCUCUAGGGAGUGACCUCUCAGCCUCUGCCUUUGGCCCUCAUCCCUCUUCAUGACCUCCUCACCACUACCCUCCCAAUUAGUGAAGGGCUUACACUCCAGUGUUUGUGCCUGAAAUGUAUCCCAAGAGUCUGGUUCACCCAGGAGGAGAGGGCUGGAUGCAGUGACAGCCAUGUAAACGCACUUGCAGGCCACUGACUAGUCGCUCGUGGACUCCGGGUACGUGGGGGUGAAGAGGGAGUCCCAGAGGGCUCCUAACCCCUCAGCGUUCAGGAGGGGUGAGCUCAAGUUAGGCGUUCUCGGGCUACGUGCACAAGCCCAACUGGUAGGAGCCCGGUGACACAGAGCUCUAGGAGACAGUGGGCCGCAUGGCCCCACACGGGACCGGAGCCGCAGCAGGGAAAGCUCUGUUGCCUUAUGCCUGGACUCACUGAGGCCCGCCCAGCAAGGACCAUGGGUAGUCACAGCCACAUUCCCCUGUGGCCCACACCCAGGACUACCUGCCUCUCCACCUCAAGGAACAGGAGGACCCCACAUGGGAGAAGCCAUGGACAAUGAGAACUGUGGGAAUCCAGGGCCCCCAGGGCCCACAACAGGAGGUGCUACUGGGAAGGACACAUCUGACAUUGGAAGCUUUAUUUUUGAACCUCACACGGACACAGAGGACAGAGGGCUGGACGCAGAGGCUGAAGGAGGCUUGUGCACGUGAGCUUGACAGUCCUGCUCCAAGGGGCAAACCUUCGGGCUGUUGUCCAUUGGUCCGUCCCUCCAGCUGCACCCAGUGACCACAUGCACCUGGCCCAAGGCAUGGCCAGGCCACUCUGGGCUGCAGAUCCACCCAAGAGCCUUUGACAAAUGAGGGUUUACAUUUCUGUAGGUCAUUUUGGAACUUAGUUUUCUAGGUAUUAAAACCACUUGGAUUUUUUAAGUACCUGGUGAAGUCAUCAGGUAAAUUAAAGGACUUUUGAAA